AUGGCUCCUCAUGUUCCAUUUGACACCGACCAGGUCAGAGACAAGGCUCGUAAAGACCUGCUCUACCUGCUGGAAGGAGUCCGCGGCAAGAAAAAUCUCGUGAUUGAAAAGAGCCUCGCCGGCCCUAUUGGCCUCAUCGUCAAGGUCUCUACCUUGCAAGACUACGGCGUCGACAAAUUCUUCUUCUUGGAAAGUAAAAACGCCAGCACCAGCCAGCGAAAUGUCGUUUUCAUCGCGAGGGGCGAAUGCGCCCGUAAUGCACAGGAAAUUGCAGAUGAGAUCCGACGACUGCACCGCGAAAGCCAGACUGGACAUGAAUUCCACGUCUUUUGGGUCCCCCGGCGGACCACCAUGUCUGAUAAGCUACUGGAAGAGGCCGGGGUACUCGGAGAUGUGAACAUUUCGGAGCUUCCGUUAUACUUUUUCCCGCUCGAACGGGAUGUGCUAUCCCUGGAGCUCGAAGACUCAUUCAGAGACCUUUUCCUGGCCAACGAUCCCACGCCGAAUUACUUGCUCGCGCGUGCUUUGAUGGGCGUUCAACAGCGACAUGGCCUGUUCCCACGCAUAAUCGGCAAGGGUGACAACGCCAGACGUGUGGCCGAGAUGCUAUCGCGGAUGCGCCAGGAGCUCUUGGCAGGUGAGGAUGUUAGCGACAAGAUCGGGCUCAAUCCCAGUACGACAAUGGAAAGCGUUAUCAUAAUCGACCGAGAAGUCGACCCCGUGACUCCGCUACUUACCCAGUUGACGUAUGAGGGGUUGAUUGACGAGGUCUUUGAGAUCCAGCACAAUCAGGCAGAAGUGGACUCGACUGUUGUCGGUGUACCACCGCAGUCAGCGGCACAAAACAACUCGACUAAUCCAACCGCCAACUCGACGGGGAGGAAACGAAAGAUUCAGCUUGAUUCGUCAGAUAAGCUCUUUGACCAAUUGAGGAACGCAAACUUUGCUACAGUUGGCCCUCUCCUGAACAAAAUAGCCCGUCGCCUACAGAGCGAUUACGAUAGUAGACACGCGACCAAAACAACCGCUGAACUAAAGUCUUUUGUCCAGAAGCUGCCGGGUUACCAAGCAGAGCAGGCGAGCCUAAAGAUACAUACAGGCCUAGCAGAGGAAAUAAUCAGUCAUGCGCGCACCGACCUGUUUCGGAAGCUUCUUGAAGUCGAGCAGAACCUCGCUUAUGGCUUCGAACCAUCGCUCGAAGCAAUUGAAGAACUCAUCGCGUGCGACACCCCGCUCCCCAAAGUCCUUAGGUUACUUUGCAUACAUUCAUGUCUGUCGGGAGGGAUUCUCGUAAAGGACUUUGAAUUCCUCAAGAGGCUGGUGCUAGAAGGCUAUGGUUACCAGCAUCUGCUCACGUUACACAAUCUCGAGAAAUUGCAGCUUUUCCUUUCCCGAACAUCGCCUCUUGCGCAAAUGAUUCCCAUGACAGGAGCAAGUCACGGUGCGACAGGCAUCAAAACUAACUACACCUACCUUCGGAAGCAGCUCCGCCUCAACGUCGAGGAAGUGAACGACAACGAUCCGACCGAUAUCGCGUACACCUACUGUGGAUAUGCUCCGCUUUCGAUUCGACUGGUGCAGUGUAUACUACAGAAGCAAUACCUGCUUUCCAUUACAAAGGGCGGCAGUGGUGCGGUGCCUGCCGCCGCUGGUGUCGUCGGUGCUCAAGGAUGGAAGGGCUUCGAUGAUGCUGUCAAGCACGCCAGAGGGCCUACCUUUGACGAGGUGCAAAAGGGCGAGGAUAAAGCGGUCAAGGCGCGUGCACUGCUGUCUGGGAGCGCAGAGAAGCGUACCGUAUUUGUGGUUCUCGUAGGUGGCAUAACUUUUACGGAGAUCGCAGCCUUGCGAUUUAUUGCAAAGAAGGAAGAAGCUCGAUUGAACAUUGUUAUCUGCACGACCUCGAUAAUAAGCGGAAACAAGAUCAUGGCGGCGGCGAUAGAGAAAGAAAGUUUUGGCAAAAGAGCGGAUUCAAUACAGACCACUGUGGAACAACAGGCAUGA